AUUUAUUUAUUAAAUACCAAAAAAAAAUCCAAUAGCAAUAGUCUAUCUUUAAAUUAAUUAAGAUUAAUAAUUUAAGUAUAAACAAAAUAUGCGUACAAUGUCAUGCAAAAUAUUUAUAUAUUAAUAAAAUUAUAUUUUUGUCAAAAAUUAAUCACUCCAAAAACUAUAUUAAAUUCACUUUUAAAAUAUAUAUUAAAAAUAUAUUAAUUUUAUUUUUACCGUUAAUUUUUAAAAAGAAAUCUCAGCCAUAACAGUAACUCCAAAAUUAGCUAUUUAUAAUAAUUCAAAUACAAACAAAAUAUAGUGUGCUAAAUCUUGGAAUAUUAAUCCAUUCCUUAUUUUGCAAGCCAAUUAUAACUUGACAACCCACACUAAAUUCAUCUCUGAGAUUAUUAACCCUCUUGAAAAUCUGACAAAUGUCGUAUCUAAUCUACUCAUUUUAUGCAAAUCAGCAUAAGAACAAUGAUGUCCAUUAGUCUUUAAUCCUAUAGAAAAUCUAGUGAUUGUGUAAUCUACUCCACUCAUUUUAUGCAUAUAUAUGCAGAAAACGAAGCCUGUCGUCAUUAAGUUGAAAGUGAUCGUAAAACAUUUGUUUAAUCGUAUAAACUAAGGUUUACGUCCUCGACAGGUUUUUGGGAAAAUCAGAUAUGGUGUUCAAGAAACUGAGGAGGCUCUUCUCUUCCUCGAAGAAGGUCGAAAGCGCCAACACUCCGGCGAAUUCUCCUAGCGAAUCCGACGAUAGGGAACGAAGAUCCAAUCGGAUACUUGGCUUCGCCGCAGUUUUAAUAGCGUUCGCGAAGAAGCAUUGCAAACGAGCUGAAACGUCUACCCUGGGUUUGAAUCGGAGGUCCCUCCGGGUGACGCUGGAAGCUUGCUUCAGCUUUAGGAAUGAUGAAGCAACUCCGGAGUUGAAUACUCAUCAGGACUCGGAUACUACAUCCAACGUAUCACCUUGCGACUUGGGCACACCUGAGAAUCCAAAGGAGCUAGAACCCCCUCGUUAUCAAGCCUUACUUAACAUGACCAGUACUCCAAGAAAGUGGUUUUCUGGUGACAAAAAGAGCUUUUCUCAUGAGUUGAACGCGGAAGGAGUAAGACCUUUUCCAUUAAGGAAGCCUCAUAGGUCGAACAGCUGGGAGGAAGUAUUGAAUCAUAUCAAGGCCAAAUUUAAUAAAGCAAAGGAAGAAGUGAAUGUCGACCUUAUACAAUUUUCUGAGGACUUGCUUGGAAUCUCAAAGGAAAAUAAUCAUGAGUUGAAGGUUAUAACUGGAGACUUAAUGAUUUUGACACUGAAAUGUACCAGUGCUAGUUCAGGAAAGUUCUGGCUUCAAUGUGAGAGGAUAGUUCGAGAGUUAGAUGAUAAACGGCAGGAGCUUCCCCCUGGUGUUCUCAAGCAGCUUCAUACUCGCUUGCUGUUUAUUCUUACCAGAUGUACUAGAUUACUUCAGUUUCGCAAGGAAGGUUGGAGGCAGGAGGAAGAUUUCGAACAACUAAGUCACUCAAGACUUCUCUCUUCUUCGUACAAUGAAACUUCUUGGAAUAGACUUCCAUCUAUAGUGUCGAAAGGUGUAAAAGAAGCUGCAGUAUCAAUUAUUUGUCGUAUAUGCGAGGAGGAUGUUCCCACCACCCACCUGGAAGUUCACUCUAAAUUAUGUGAAUUGGCUGAUAGAUAUGAUCACAAGGGUGCGAGUGUUGAUGCGCGGCUGGCGAGAGUUGCUUCGACUCUUAUUAGUAUCAUUAACUUUAGGCUAAGUGACUGCUCCCAAGACGACAUGCUAGACUGUUUCGGUGAUCAAGGCAUGACUACUACUUCAUCUGCCAGUAACAUGACUCCUAGAUCCCCUAGACCCAAUCCAUUUGAAUUGUUAGGAGGCAAGGCUACAUUCUAUGACCGGUAUGAUAUUCCACUGAUGACUGCACUUUCUAACAUUGCAAGACGAGCAGCAGAAGCCAUAUCACAUGAUGAUAAAUCCAUGACGAUCUUAUAUUCUUGUCUUCGUGACUUGAAGGUUACCGUAGACCGCAGAGAUUUUGCUGCGCUUACAGUAGAAACUUUCGGGACACGCAUAGAAAAGUUGAUACGUGCUAAGUAUCUUCAGCUGAACGAGAUUCUGGAUGAUGAAAAAGUUGACCUGUCAAGCACCGUAAUUGAUGAAGAUGUUCUUUUGGAAGAUGAUGUUGAACGCAGUUUGAGGAUCAGAUCAGUACAUCUGCGGGACCGCAUAUCCAUAGAUGAUUUUGAGGUGAUAAAAGAAAUUAGUAGAGGAGCUUAUGGGAGAGUUCUUUUGGCUAAAAAGAGAGCAACAGGAGACUUAUUUGCAAUUAAGGUUCUGAAGAAGGCAGAUAUGAUCCGCAAGAAUGCUGUUGAAAGAAUACAUGCUGAACGAGAUAUUUUGAUCAACGUCCGCAAUCCCUUUGUGGUUCGAUUCUUCUAUUCUUUUACUUGUCGCGAAAACCUGUAUCUUGUGAUGGAGUACGUGAAUGGGGGUGAUGUUUUUUCAAUGUUAAAACUUAUUAGCAUGGAUGAAACUGUUGCCCGUGUAUACAUUGCCGAAGUUGUCCUAGCUUUGGAAUAUUUACACUCUGAGGGUGUUGUGCAUCGUGAUUUGAAACCUGACAAUAUAUUGAUUGCACAUGAUGGUCAUGUUAAGUUGACAGAUUUUGGGCUCUCUGAAGUUGGUCUCAUCGACAGCACCGGUGAUCUCUCUGGUCCAAAAGUGCCAACAUCGGAGCAUAAGUCUGAAAGGCGAGAUAUGGCUGGCACUCCUGACUACAUGGCGCAAGAAAUUCUUCUGGGGACAGGACAUGGUGCAACUGCGGAUUGGUGGUCUGUUGGCGUCAUUUUGUUUGAAUUCAUUGUGGGAAUUCCGCCCUUCAAUGCUGAUAGUCCUGAGCAAGUAUUUGAUAAUAUUAUCAACCGGAGAAUACCAUGGCCUAGUGAGCCAGAGCAGAUGAGCUAUGAAGCCCGUGAUUUGAUAGAUCGGUUAUUAACGAAAGAUCCUCAUCAGAGACUUGGAGCUAGAGGGGCGGCUGAGGUCAAGCAGCACAUCUUCUUUAAAGACAUAAACUGGGACACUCUACCAAAGCAGAAGGCUCCAUUUGUGCCGGAAACAGAAGAUGCUCUUGACACAACUUACUUCCUUAGUCGCUACGCUUCGGAUAAGCGAUCUUCUCCAACCAAUGAGAAUGAAAAGUCUUGUGAAAGUGGCAGCAGUGGUUGCCUCAGCAAUGAUCACAACGAUGGGGUUGAUGAACGUUGCGGACCUGCAGAGUUGGAAACUAAUGUUUCGGAAAAUAACCCAUUUGAUAACUUCUCCUACAAGAACCUCAGUCAGCUGGCAUGUAUCAAUCGUGAUUUGGUGUCCAAAGGUCAGAAACAUGGAAUAGCAACAACUUUGUAUCCAAGACAACAAACAAAUCAAUGCUACAAUUAUCUUUGAGGCUUUGGCGUUCCUACCUCCAGAGAGAGAUUAUCUAACUUUCUUUACUUUUUCGCAAUGCAUCUUUCAAAUAUGUUCAUAGAUUUUGAACAAGAGACCCCAUUUUCAAACCAAAGCUAUAAAACUAAGCUAUAUGUAUUACAAAAGUGAAAAAGAUUUAAGCUGCACAUAAGAUCAGAAUCAUCA